ACGCUCUGACAUCAUGGCAUGCUCGAACCAUGAGCGUAGGAGCAAUAGCGCUACCCAACCCACGUUGCACCUACCCAGAACGAAACGCGGUAGCUUUAUCAUUCACCAUAAACAUGACGCUGAAUCUUGCUUCUCGAGGAAAAAAGAUCCGCGGAUUGCCCAAGAGUGUUGACUUUGACCUCAACGGACGAAUUGAAGUGUUAAAGCAGCAAAUCUCCGAGAAUACAAAACUGCCUUUGCAUCGUUUGCGUUUGAGUACUGUGGACGGAACGGUACUCGCAGACGGAAAAACAUUAAGAGAUUAUGGAGUUGGCGGUGGAACGACUGUGUGGGUAAAGGAUCUGGGUCCCCAGGUCGGUUGGAGAACUGUGUUCAUUUACGAGUAUCUUGGUCCUCUGUUUAUCCAUCCCCUGUUUGUGUACUACCGUAAGAGCAUUUAUGGUAGCUCAUACUCCCUGUCCACGGUGCAGCUGGUCGCCUUUGUCAUGGUAAUGCUUCAUUUUUUGAAACGCGAGUACGAAAGUAUUUUCGUUCACCGCUUCUCGGCCGACACUAUGCCUUUACGAAACAUCUUUAAGAAUUCAUUCCACUAUCAUGUUCUUUCUGGAUUCCUUUUGGCUUAUUUUGUAUAUGGACCCUGGCAUGCUACGGAUGUCAUCUCGGUGAAGAAGCUGCUUUCGCUUACCGGUCUCUGGUUGUUUGCUGAAAUUUCCAACGCCAAAGUCCAUAUAAUUCUUCGCGAUCUUCGCCCUGCUGGCUCUCGCAAACAUGUGAUCCCUUAUGGCUAUGGUUUUAACUGGGUCUCCUUCCCCAACUACUUUUUCGAAUCCCUCUGCUGGUUUGCUUUUGCCUUGCUUACCAACUCUUAUGCUGCCUGGCUCUUCCUUUUUGUUAGCUCGACACAAAUGUGGCUCUGGGCCAAGAAGAAGCACGCUCGUUACCUUAAGGAGUUCCCUAACUACCCUCGUUCACGGAAGAUUUACAUCCCGUUUAUUCUUUAAACUCCUCAUCUGCAACUUCGCUAUACUCUAAACAUGCAGACUCUCAGCUCACACACAUAUCACACACGCAUAAAUUUUUACCACAAACACAUCGAUUCUGCACUGUGCUUUCUGUACAUGUGCAUGGCAGUUGUGUAGGCCAACAGGCUUCUUGCUUGCUUGCUAUUUCUCUUCCACUUCUUGCACUCCUUUCGCCUGUAAACAAAAACGUCAUACGCGAUUUGCUUGCUGUGCGCAUGGCCCCUUGCCCCGCGUAACCUAAAAAAUGAUACUCCUCCUGAAGGCAGGAGCUGACGUCACCGACUAGUUUCCUUCUUUUGGCAGUAAUGCAAACACGAAAACGACCAAUUUUUUCUUUUAAAAUGAUUAUGGAGGUAUGCCGUACAAUUUGAUCCACUAGUUUUUUUUUUGUUUGGGGAGGUGCAACAGAUCGGUGCCAGCUAUGAAGGUGCCUUUGGAAUUGGCGUCAUUCAAAAAUGGAGAUGCAUGGACGGAUGCA